AUGAAUGCUCGAUGGGAAGACAGAAACGAACUACGAGUGUCACCUACACAUCAGUCGGGUGAGCCAAGACAGUUGGGCCGUAGCAUUAGCCUUGCCACCCCUGCCUCGGCCAAAGUCGAAACAGUUGCUACUUCACGAAAGAAUCGCGUAUCAUCCGGCGGAACAUCUGGCGGAACAUCCAAGGAAGUUGAUCCAAAAAAACCAACAAAAGCAGUCUUGCAGCGCGACAAAGGUCCGUUGGAGCCGCACGACGAGAAUUUCUCAUCCAACCCGCAGGAUGUACCUCGAUUUGAGGAACUCUUGCUUAGAGCUGGAGAGGAAUUCCCAAUGCUACAGUCACUGUUGGAUGGACCAACAGAAGAAGAGGCUGCCAGGGCUUUGCAUCGAUAUCGUGAGCUUUGUCAUUCACUUGAUGCGGCUCACCGGUCAUUGGACAAUUAUCGAGCAGACGCGGGGCUCUUAGAUAGUUUGAAGAUCGAGGUUCAUACGUUGAAAAGUACACUGCGAGCUAGUCGGACCGAGGUGGAGAGCCUGAGGACGGAGGUUAACAGCAAGCACCAAAAGAUGCUGAAAGCUCAAGACAUGCUGGGCGAGCAAGUUGUAAUCCACGAACAAGAAAAGCGCUAUCUCGAGGCCCGAAUACACGAUGGUUCACAGCAACAGGACAAAGAGAACAAGUCAACCAAGGCAUCUUCCGAAGGACAAUUAGGUGCGGCUCGUCAGGAGGAUGAGCAAAAACGGUAUGAGCAAGGGAUUAGCAGUCUUAAAGAGCAGAUGAUCGAAGAACACUGGAAGUGGGAUGCGCACUUGCGAGAAGUGAAAGACACCUACGAAACUCGCAUAAAAGAUCUAGAGGUCAGCUUUGCCGAGCGGAUGAAGAACGAAUACGAGAAACAUUGCGAACAAACGCGGCAAGAGAUGGGGAGCCAUCAAAUGACAGUGAAUGAGUACGAGUCAAAUGUCGGUCUAUUGAAGCUCAAUGCGGAACGAGAAGGACGGCUGUUGCGCGAAGAUUUACAAACUCAGCAAGAAAAACUUCGAGAAGAACAAAAGCGACACGAGAAGGAUCUCAAACGACAGGAAGCCGGACUGACCAAGAAGCACACGCAAGAAAUCUUGCAGCUUCAGACCACCCUGGCGGAGCAGAGACAAGAACUUUCUCAUCUCAGACAUGUCAAGGCCAAAGCUGACGAAGAAAGACUGCGCAUGCGCGAUGAAGCACGGGCGAGAACCACUCAGUUCAGCGAGCAACAACAACGACUUCGAGAAUUGCUCAAGAAACAAAACGCUGAGCUGGCAGAGAAACAUGCCCUCGAAAUUAUGCAGCUUCGAUUAGCAAACGAGGAGUUAAAGCAGGCUAUCAUCGACAAGGCCUACCCACAGCGCACGAAAGCUCGAAGUGUUAAGGUGAUGCGAUACCGUGACAUCUCUACUCAAUUCUUUUCAGUAGUGAGUCAGGUACAAGACUUCACGAAUCUAGAAUGGGACAUACGCCGUGAAGUGGAAUGGCCAUUCUCCAACGACCAACUGUUACGCAUCCACAAAGUCAAUACAAGGGUGUUAAAGAAGGCUAUCCUGCAGAACACUAUGUGGAAUCUACUAUACACGCACUGGCCUAGUAUACCUGCGGCAAUUGAAGCCCGUCGCUGCGAGGCGGCCAGGGCGGUUCUCGAUCUAAUGAACCCAUCAAGUGAAACCGCGCCUGAUGAGAAAAAGCUGAAAGCCAGCUAUGAAGCUACCGUCACCUCGCUUUUGGGUGCAAUACACCAGGUACUAUCUAAGAUAGCUGUUCUCGAACCGAAGGACGCCGAGGCGUUAGAGACUCUUAUACGCCUCUGCGUGAAGACAUGGAUGGAACUGUGCUCGCAACCAUACAGAGUGAUGAUGAUCCUACCACCAGGAAGCGGCGACCUGCUGUCGUUACCAAACCCCGAUGAAAGGCCACUCAAACUGAUCGUUAGCCCGGAACUGAAGAGGUAUGGAAAUACGCAGGGCGAAGACUUGAUGAAGGGUGAGGUUUUCACAAGGUGUCAGGCUGUUGUGCAGCAGUACCCGGUCGAGCCAACAGGUUCUUGA